GCCUGGCCGGGGCGGAGUUUGCGCCUGCGCGGUGCACGGCUUCGGGGCGGGGCAGGUUUAUAGCCGCAGAGGAUCAGCUGACGCUCUGCAUUGCAGACUGCGGAGUCGGGCGUCGCCAUGUAUACUCUCUUCCUCCUGGCCAGCCUUCUGGGCGCGGCUCUGGCCAGCCCUGUCCUAGGCCUGAAGGAAUGCACCAGAGGCUCGGCAGUGUGGUGCCAGAACGUGAAGACGGCAGCCGACUGCGGGGCCGUGAAGCACUGCCUGCAGACCGUCUGGAGCAAGCCGACGGUGAAAUCCCUUCCCUGCGACAUAUGCAAAGAUGUCAUCACUGCAGCUGGCGACAUGCUGAAGGACAAUGCCACCGAGCAAGAGAUCCUUGUGUACUUGGAGAAGACCUGUGACUGGCUGCCUAAUCCGAACUUGUCUGCCUCGUGCAAGGAGAUGGUUGACUCCUACCUCCCAGUCAUCCUGGACAUGAUUAAAGGACAAGUGAGCCAUCCUGGGGAGGUGUGCUCUGCUCUCAAUCUCUGCGAGUCUCUUCAGAAGCACCUGGCGGAGCUCAAUCACCAGAAACAGCUCGAGUCCAAUAAGAUCCCAGAACUGGAUGUGGCUGAGGUGGUGGCUCCCUUCAUGGCCAACAUUCCCCUCCUCCUCUACCCUCAGGAUGGCCCCCACAGCGAGCCCCCGCAGAAGGCUGGUGGGGACGUCUGCCAGGACUGCAUCCAGAUGGUGACGGACAUCCAGAAUGCUGUAAAGACCAACUCCACCUUUGUCAAGGCCUUGGUGGACCAUGCCAAGGCACAGUGUGACUUCCUGGGGCCUGGCCUGGCUGACAUGUGCAAGAACUAUAUCAACCAGUAUUCUGACGUUGCCGUCCAGAUGAUGAUGCAUAUGCAGGAUCAGCAACCCAAGGAGAUCUGUGGCCUGGUUGGGUUCUGUGAGCAAGUGAAGGAGAUGCCCAUGCAGACGCUGAUCCCUGCCAAAGUGGUCUCAGAGAACGUCAUCCCUGCCUUGGAACUGGUAGAGCCCAUUAAGAAGGACACGGUCCAGGCGAAGGCUGGUGUUUACUGCGAGGUCUGCGAGUACGUGGUGAAGGAGGUGGUCAAGCUCAUUGACAACAACAGGACCGAGGAAGAAAUACUUCACGCUUUGGAUAAAGUGUGCUCGAAGUUGCCUACGUCCUUGUCCGAAGAGUGCCAGGAGGUGGUGGACACUUACGGCGCCUCCAUCCUGUCGAUCCUCCUGCAGGAGGCGAGCCCUGAGCUGGUGUGCGGCAUGCUCCACCUGUGCCCCACCCGGGGGCUGCCUGUGCUGUCCGUCCGUGUCAUUCAGCCAAAGGACGGCGGCUUCUGUGAGGUAUGCAAGAAGCUGGUGAGCUAUUUGGACCACAACCUGGAGAAAAACAGCACGAAGCAGGAGAUCCUGGCUGCUCUCGAGAAAGGCUGCAGCUUCCUGCCUGACCCCUACCAGAAGCAGUGUGAUCAGUUUGUGACUGAGUACGAGCCCGUGCUGAUAGAAGUCCUGGUGGAGGUGAUGGACCCUUCCUUCGUGUGCUUGAAAAUUGGAGCCUGCCCCGCAGCCCGUAAGCCUCUUUUGGGAACCGAGAAGUGUGUGUGGGGCCCUAGCUACUGGUGCCAGAACAUGGAGGCAGCAACCCAGUGCAACGCUGUGGAACAUUGCAGGCGUCACGUGUGGAACUAGAAGGACGUUCCGUCUUGGAGAACCUGCAGCAUCUUUUCUAUUUGUGUGUCUGGGGCAGUGAACACACUGAUCUGUUGACUCUGUUGUAAAAAUAGGUCCCCUUUCCCUCCCUCCCUCUCUCCUCCCCUGUAGCAUUGCUGUCAGUGCAGAAGUGCCUGGCCCGCAGCCACCACCACUGCUUCGCUGUCCCUUUCCUUUGCCUGGACAGGUGGGCACGGACCGUGCGCUGGAGGGCGUUCAGCCUGCCCUUGUGUGGUGGCUCCCUGGAGGCGGCGGCGGGGGGCUCUGGGGGCUGGCGUGCGCCAGAGCUCCUUGACCGAAGGCUCUCCGUCCUCUUGGCCGGGGCCUUGUUUUGAGCCCUCCGCCUGCUCCCCUCUCCUGGGCCGCUCUCUGUCCCGAGAAGGAAAACAAAGGCAGUUCUGUAUGAAAGAUUAGAGGCUCAGGAUAAUGAGGCUUUUUAAAACCAUGUAGUUCCCACUGGAGGGGAGAUUCAGGAAGCAGCUGCUCGGGAGACCUGGGUGCGUCUGGGGUUUGCUAUCCCCAGGUCACCCUCCGAUUCAGCUUCGGGGUGUCUUUCCUGGUGAUGCCUUGGUCGGGGUUCUGUGGGUUUGGGUGGGAGGGGGAGAGCCUGCCUGAAUGUCAUCUGCUAGCUCCAUGUGGAGGUCCUGUGGGCCUGGCUUGUGUGUAUGGACAGCGGUGGCCACCUCUUGCUUGCUCUUGUGUCCGCCUGGCUGCUGAAGCCUUGCUUUGUGCGUCUCUAGUGCUGCCCGGUGACCCCCUUGGCUCCGGGCCUCCCGGCCUCCUCACCUCCAACCCCUGGUUUCCUAGAUGUUCUUUUUGACCUUCAGAUAAACGUGGAUGAGAAGCUGCUAAGCCUCUGGCUGUCAGGUAGAGGGGCUGCUGGGGGUGCUGUCCAGAGGCCUUGGCUGCCGCCCUGCCUCUCCUGUUUAGCCUGCCUCCUCUUCUGUUCCACUUCUAGUUGCCAGGAGACAGCGAGACGUGCAGUUGCUAUUAAAUGGACUUAAUGACUUUUUUUGGUUUGUUUUGCACUAAAGUUUCUGUGAUUUAACAAUAAAGUCUGUUAACUAGA